CUAAUAAUACAAAUACAAUAGUUACUCAUCUACCAAGCUCUGAAAAGCUAGUUUAUGCUUUCAACUGUUUUCUUUAUACUUCAAUUUGCAUUACAUUUAUUUUCUGCUGUAUAUUACUAUAAAAACAAACUCAGUGAUGUAUUUUUUAUUUUGGCAGAUAAGCUCCUCCUCCCACAUGCUCACUGGUAGUGAAGCUCCGCCCACUGCAACACAUCAUCAGUGAAGCUCCUCCCACAGUAAUUCAUCAAUAAAUGCUGGAAUAUCUCCAUCAGUUCACAAGUGAAGAUGAGCAUCUAAUCAUCAGGAAGUGCUGAAAUCUGUAAAGACUGAGUUUAAAGAGGACAUAGCGAAGAUGAGAGAUCCAGAACCCUGCAGAAUCAAACACACUGAAGAUACUGAAGAACUAACAGAGUUAAAUGAAGAAAACGAGGAGAGUGAAGAAUUGAGUGAAGUUGAGGAGAAAAAUCAUGUCAAAACUGAAGAAAAACCUUUGAGUUGCUCUCAAACCGAACAGGAUUUAAAGAAAAGAAGAGCCAAUAAAUCAUUCACCUGCACUCAGUGUGGAACGAGAUUCACACACAAAACAAGUCUUGAGCGCCACAUGAGAGUUCACACUGGAGAGAAACUAUACACUUGUGAUCAGUGCGGGAAGAGUUUCUCACGAUCAUCACACCUUAAGAUACACAUGAAGAUCCACACUGAAGAGAAACCAUACACAUGUGAUCAGUGCAGCAAAACAUUUUUGAGGGCUUCAGACCUGAAGCAGCACCUGAGAGUUCAUACAAAGGAGAAGCCACAUUCAUGUUAUUUGUGUGGAAAGAGUUUUUCAUGUUUACAAUAUUUGAAAGUACAUCAGAAAAUACAUACUGCUGUGAGAGAGUACAUGUGCUUUGAGUGUGAAAAGACUUUUACUUCAGCAAAGUGUUUAAAACGGCAUGAGAGGAUCCACUCUGGAGAAAAACCUUACAAGUGUUCACACUGUGACAAGAGAUUCAAUCAGUCAUCAACUCUGAGAACACACGAGAGAAUCCACACUGGAGAGAAACCGUAUCACUGCACUGCAUGUGGGAAGUGUUUCAGUCAUUCAUCUGCUGUACACAGUCAUACAAAAAACAAUCACAUUAAGUAGAUCAUCUUCAGAUCCAGCACAUUCAGAUCUGAUGCUGUGUCCUUAACAAAUUCUUAUCAAACGUAAUUUAUUCCAAGCACGCUCUUUUAUCUGGGUCAUAUAUGUAAGGCAUUUGCAAACAUCACACAAAUGAACGAGGGAAUCUCCGCAUUCCACCUGGAAACUAACAUCUCUUCUCAACCAUCUGAGAGCCGUAAAGCUGAAUCACGGUCAGCCAGGCGCCAAUUGUCUCAAA